AUGUUGAGAUUCGUCAAUAAGAAAACAAAGUCAUGCCAUAAUAAGUGCGUGUCUGGUGCAGCUUUUCUGCAACGUGUCUGCCAUGCCGGCACAGACGACUACCGGGCAGGCGGGACUCGGACUCGUGGGGUGCUGAACCGAGACUUGCUGUACCAAAUGCGACCCUCACAUCUGCCAAUGUCUCUUCCAAACAACUGUACCGUAGAAAUGAGCAAAUCUUCGCUUGAUUGGUACUGGUCUUGUCAGCUGACGUCAAGUGGGCACUCAUUCAAUAUCACUCCCAUCCGCACUGACAACCCUACAUCUCAACCUCAAGUGGCACCGUCUGUCCUCUUCUGCCCUCAAGACGUCCGCCAGCAUCGCAGGUUCGAGUUGACAGCCUCUGCUGCCUGA